AUCUACACAACACGGAAAUGUUUUCCUCGCUUCACUGCUGCUCUAUUCAAACGCAUAGAAGUUACUUUUAAAUAAAAAAAAGACUGAAUUAAAAGAUUUAAACACUGUAUUUAUGGAGGAAAAGUCUCCUUUAUCGCUUGUUGGUGGUGUUGGAAUCGCGGUCGUGUCCAGUUUUAUUAAUGGCUCCACGUUUGUACUGCAGAAAAAGGGAAUAUUGCGUUCUCGCAAAGCUGGGAAGACUUACCUGUCUGACUGUGUGUGGUGGAGCGGGACACUGGCCAUGAUAGUGGGUCAGGUCGGGAACUUCGUCGCGCACAACGCAGCCCCGGCCGUGUUAGUGACGCCACUCGGAGCGCUCGGGGUUCUGUUCGGAGCUGUUCUGGCCUCAUGGCUCCUCCAGGAGCAGCUGGAGCUCCUGGGUAAACUGGGCUGUGUGCUGUGCUGCUGUGGCUCCGUGGUGCUCAUCAUUCACUCCCCGAAUUCCGACAGCGUGGCGUCGAGAGCUGAGUUCCAGCAGCGACUUCUCGACCCGGUGUUUCUGUGCUACAUCACCCUGGUGGUGCUGCUGUUGGUGCUGCUGAUUGGCUGGCUCUCUCCGGCGUACGGAAAGUCCAACAUCAUGGUGUACGUGGGAAUCUGUUCCCUGUUGGGAAGCUUCACCGUGCCGAGCUGUAAAGGCCUGGGUCUGGCUGCGAAGGAGGCGUUCGGCGGAGACUCGUCUCCUGAUCACGGAGCUCUGUUCCUCUUCCUGUGCUUGCUGGGAAUUCUCCUCGUCAGCAUCCUCACCCAGUUCACCUUCAUCAACAGAGCCUUGGAGAGCUUCAGCUCCAACGUGUUCGAGGCCGUGUAUUACGUCACGUUCACGUCCUCGGUCAUCCUCGCUACCGCCAUCUUGUUUAAAGAGUGGGAGGCGCUCGGCGCUCUGGACUGUUUGGGUAUUUUAUGUGGAUUCAUUACGAUAUCAGUGGGAGUGACGUUGUUACGCAUAUCUCAGGAAGCCGUGCUCAUGUGGACUCCGGCCAAAACCAAAGAGCAGUAGUUUAUAUUUUAUCACAUCUCAUAACUCCGAAGCUCUUCUGCGUUGUUUUUCGAUCAUGUGCUCGUUUCAGCCAUCCUCGACUGUAACCUGUGAUUGUGUUAUAACAGUGUUAUGACACAGCGCCCCCUGCUGGGGACGAGUUAUUUAUCAACAUACUCUCACUUCCCUCUGUGGAAAUUUAUGGAAUUCUGUCUCGUUAUUAAUAGACAUAAUCUGCUUUUUGGGGCGUGGUUAAACCGGGAACAUGCAACUAAUUAAAUAAAUCAACUGAAUAAAUAAUACAACUUGUCCAAAGGUAUAAAAUAAUCCUAAUAUUAAGAAGAUGUUAUGUUAAUCCCUCUACCCUUAUAUCAAUCCCGCUACCCUUAUGUCAAUCCCACUAUCUUUAUGUCAAUUCUGUUAUCCUUAUGUCAAUCCCGCUACCCUUAUGUCAAUCCCUCUAUCCUUAUGUCAAUUCUGUUAUCCUUAUGUCAAUCCAAUUAUCCUUACGUCAAUCCUGCUACCCUUAUGUCAAUCCCUUUACCCUUAUAUCAAUUCCGUUAUCCUUAUAUCAAUUCGGUUACCCUUAUGUCAAUCCUGCUAUCCUUGUGUCAAUUCCGUUAUCCUUUCAACUUUCCUUGUAUUUAGAAUGAAAAGGCCAGGACUUAAAGCCAAUUCGAUCACUGCUUUCCCAUUUUUAAUACUUAAUACAACAAAAUACUCCCUUGUUGCAAUUUAGGCUCCAAAUUAAUUUUCCCUCAUUACAGAAAUCAUCACUCCACCACUCCAACAUUACCGUUCAGGUGCCGUGAAACACCGUUGGUGCACGACCUGAUAGUAGCUGAUAGUAGUGUUUAAAUAUUUAACUUGCAAAAAAUAUACUCCUUUUUUCUCUUGUCCCAUAAAUAUAUGGGCGUGUUGAGAACUAUUUAUGAUUAUUUAUGACCAAAACUCACAAUCUAACAGUGGCUGAGAGUUAUAGAGAAGAUUUGAUAUUUAUUUAUUAAGUUUUAGGAUGGAUCAAACCACAUUUUCGUGUAGUUGUAAAGACGCAUCUGUGAAACCAAACACACCAGAUGUCUUGUUGCGACAUUUUCUGGUGUCCAUUUUGUCCUGGGGGUGUGUAAACUUUUGCACUCUACCACACAAGCAUAACUCAGCGUGCUCAGGAGAUCACAGCCGUUUUGAUGAAAUGAUAUGAGGUAUGAUGUCACUAAUGACCUGUGUAUUAAUGAAGCCUAGAGCGGUUUUUCCCCUUGAGUGUAUUGUUUUGUCAUAAAACUCAGAAUAUUAAGUUUCUGAUGGAGAAUAAUGACGUGUAGUGAGGAAUGUGGAGCUGUGAGCUUUAACGCAACGUCCUACACGUACUGAAAGAGCAGCAUUGAGCCUGGAGACGACACACACAAAGACUUCAUAGAGACGCAGACGCCUUUAUUUACCAUGGCCAUGUGAGAGAUUUUAUAUAUAUUCAACAUCUGACAGUCACAGUUAUAUAUUUAUACCACAAUAGAACAAACUAUGUGUGUUUUUGAACUCUUAGUAUUAUUUUUUAUUGGCUACUAAUAUAAUAAAGUGUUGGGAAUGAUAAUUAUUUUAGUCUUAAUAAAUAUAAUGACAAGAAAUCGAGGUUAUACUAAAAUAUAAAAAUAAUACUAAAUCCUUUACAUUCCUCAUUGUGUCACACAAUGACUUUUUUUUUUUUUUUAAUUAAAUAUAAAACCCAAUUCUUGAAAAUCACCAAAAAUGAAGUGAUCUUAAUUAAUGGAUUAAUUUAUAUCUAUGUUUUAAUGUAUUUUUAAUAUUGUGAUGUUAUACCUUCUGACACUGGGUGUUAGAUUAAAGAUUGUUUAUAUGAAUUUUUAUAAUUUUUUUUUUCUUUUAUAAGUCGUAGCGAAAAGUGGAAUUAUACGUACAAUAGACUCAUUGUCCAUAUUAAUAAUUUUAUAUUUAACAUAUGAAUUUAAUAAUGCAAAAAAAUAAUAAAAGCAAU